CGGUCACCUGCAGCCGCAGCGCACCCCCUUUCCAAGUUUACCUCUCCCUAUGGCGGCUUCUCUCACUACAGCCACAUCAUACGGCGUCGCCGCCGCGAGUAAUAGAAUUCAUAUUUCCACAAAGCAGUCACAGAAGCUCAACAACUAUCCUAAAUUUCACCCAAGCCCUUCGCUCCAUGUCAAAUCGCCCUUCAAAAUUUCACCCCAUAAAUGGCUCAUCACUCCCUCCGCCAUCUCCGGAUCCCCUGCAGGAGCUGAGACAUCUGCCAUGAAUGAGGAUACCAGUGACUCGUUGGAUAAAGUGCUGGUACUUGACUUGGAUGGUAAAGAAAUCCCCAUUUCUGAUUUGUGGAAAGAUAGGAAAGCCGUGGUUGCAUUUGCUCGUCAUUUUGGAUGUGUGCUAUGCCGAAAAAGGGCUGACUACCUCGCAGCUGAGAAGGAUAAGAUGGAUGCAGCUGGUGUGGCUCUUGUCUUAAUUGGGCCUGGCAAUGUCGACCAGGCAAAAGCUUUCUCCGAGCAAACAAAAUUUAAAGGAGAGGUAUAUGCAGACCCUAGCCAUUCAUCAUACGAGGCACUAAAAUUUGUCUCUGGUGUUGCAACCACAUUUACUCCCAUGGCUGGCUUAAAAAUAAUUCAAUCAUAUGUUGAAGGAUACCGACAAGACUGGGCCCUUUCCUUUGAGAAGGAUACCAGGUCAAGAGGUGGCUGGCAGCAGGGGGGCAUCAUUGUUGCAGGCCCCGGUAAAAAUAACAUCACAUAUAUCCACAAGGACAAAGAAGCAGGCGAUGACCCGAAUGUACAAGAUGUUUUGAAGGCAUGUUGUUUCGAAGGCAACUGAGAAGUACAUCUGACCUUGUGUAUCAUAUCAUAUAUUUAUUUUACUGUAAUAAAUAUUUAUAUAAAUAUACAAAUUUAAAGAUAAAUACGUGGCUCUCUUUACAUUUGCAGAUUUUUUGUUACAGAUCAUCUGCUUUGAUGAGACUAUACAGUUGUUUAUCUGUU